AUGAGGCUCAAUCCGGAGAAGUGUUCUUUUGGUAUACAGGGUGGGAAGUUUUUAGGCUUCAUGAUUACGUCAAGAGGGAUUGAGAUCAAUCCAGAUAAGUGUAAAGCAAUCCAAGAAAUGAAAAGCCCCAGCAGUGUAAAAGAGGUGCAGCGCCUGACGGGAUGGAUUGCAACCCUGUCCAGGUUUCUCCCUCAUUCGGGCGACAAGUCGGCCCCAUUCUUCAAGUGCCUAAAGAAGAAUGCGGCGUUUGAGUGGAGUUCAGAAUGCGAAGAAGCCUUUAAACGCCUCAAAGAGAUGUUGUCCGCGCCACCCGUGUUAUCAAAACCUGCCCAAGGCCUCCCUUUGCACUUGUAUUUUUCUGUCAACGAUCAUGCAAUCAGCUCUGUCAUUCUUCAGGAGGUAAACAGAGAGCAAAAAAUAGUUUACUUCGUAAGCCAUACACUUCAAGGGGCGGAGAUUAGGUGCCAGAUUUGUCAGGGAGCAUGGUCAGUUGAAUUGUCAGAAUACGGUUUGCAAUACGACAAAAGGGGGAAGGUCGGUGCGCAGACUUUGGCUGAUUUUGUGGUGGAGUUGACGCCGGAAGACGGUGAAAAGUCCCUCAGAUUCCAGUUCAAAGCCAGCAAUAACCAGGCAGAAUAUGAGGCCCUCAUCGCCGGACUGAAGUUAGCAAUUGAGGUACAGAUUGACAGUUUGCUGGUUAGAGCAGACUCGUUGCUAGUGGCAAACCAGGUAAAUGGGGAAUUCGAGGUGAAGGAGCCGCCCUUGAUAAAAUAUCUAGAGCGCGUACGACUGCUGAUGGGUCGACUGCAAGAGCUGGUAGUUGAAUUUGUGCCAAGGGCGCAGAACCAGAGGGCGGACCCUCUAGCGAGAUUAGCCAGCACUCGAAAGCCUGGGAACAAUCGAAGUGUGAUCCAAGAGACGCUCGCCAAUCCUAGCAUCGAAGGAGAGUUGGUAGCCUCGGUUGACCGCCAAGAAACUUGGAUGGACCCCAUCGUAGACAUCUUGGCGGGUGAGCCAAGCGAGGUGGUAAAAUACUCGAAGGAACAAAGAAGAGAGGUAGGACACUACACUUUACUCGAGCUAGCAAAGUCCUCAGAGCAGGCUUUUACUGGCCUACAAUAA